AUGGAUACAGAACCCUACGUUGACCACAACCCACAGAUAGCCGGAGUGAUCGUGUUUGUGACCUCAUUCCUCGGCAUCAUCGCCAACGGGAUCGUCGUCUUCUGGGUGUGCAGUCUGCCCUCCAUGCAGACGAGUUUUGGGCGUAUGACGCGCAGUCAGGCCACCGCCGACUUCCUCCACGAUUGGUCCUUCUUUCUGUAUAUGGCUCCAAUGUUAACUUUUAACCUAAAAUCCUGGAACAGCCACGACAUUUCGAGCAUCUGCGGGCACUUGUUGCUGAUCUUCUACGACGCCUGCAACGCGUGCCACUUCUUCAUGGCCCUGAACCGGACGUGCGCGAUUUUCUUCCCGAUCCAGUACCCCCAUAUCUUCUCGCAUCGAAAUGUGACGAUCAUGAACACGUUCUGCUGGCUGUCGGCCAUUGUGCCGAGUAUUUGGACUUACCGUAUUGCGGACUGCCGUUUCUACUACCUCGACGCAAUCUGGGGAUACACGUUUGACGACAAUCCGUUGUGCGGGAAGAUUGGAUGGUACUACGACUUUAUCAAGAGCGUGACGACAAUCUUGAUCAUCGGCGUGCUGGAUCUGGUGACGUUUAUCAAGUGUCGAAUUCAUGGGGCUCAGCUCGUCGCCAAGAUCACCGACGCUCAAGCUAGGGCCAAGCGACGCAGCGAAAUUCACUACGCGACGCAGGUGUGUCUGCAAGGGUGUAUCUUCAUCCUCGAGUUGUUCUCCUUUUUCUUAUUCGUGAAUUAUGUCGAUUCGAAGAUGGCGAAAUUCGCGCUGACGACAAUUGCCUGGAUAUCGGUGCAUGCACUUGAUGGGAUGAUCACCAUCUACUUCAACAAGGAGUUCCGUGCGAUCAUCCGCCGGAAGCGAGAUAUCAGCGCCACGCACUCGGUCGGACAAAAGGCCACCCACAGCAGCUCGCAGAAU